GGGACACCAUGCAGUGGGCCGCGGCGCCGCGUGGGGCCGCCUGCGGCUCGUCAGGCGCUGGCGCUUCUUCCACGGCAGGCUGAAGAGGCAGCGGUGAAGACGGUGGUGAUGUGGUGAAGCUAUUGAAGGACGAGAUACCGAGCUGAACCAGCGAUAGUGGUGGGAUUCUGCGUGGUAUCGACUCGAUGGAGAGUGGAGACUAGAGAGACCGAUCGGUACUUCAUGAACAAGUGGCUCAUCUGUCUUCUUCGCCCACGUGCCAUUGAACAGUCGUCAAGAAAUUUCAUCAAUCAUCAGUCGCCAGCUAAUCAUCAACCAUCACUCAUUAGUCGCCAGCUGGUAUAAUCAAGCACCAGUCGCCUCCCAGAUCACUCAACCACCAGCGCCGGCCUUCAGGCCACAUUUUGCAGAAGCGCAGACCUCCGGCACAGCGGCUCCAUCCGCCAUCUCUCGCGCCUUCCGCGGGUGGCCAACUGGCCAAAAGUGACUCACUCGUCGCUGGCGUCGCCCUCGCGGCGGCUGUCGGCAGCGCCAGCGCCGCCGGGCACGUGGCUGAGACGUCGACAGUGCGCGCCGCACAGGGACGGGGCGCGGAGCGAGCCGAGAGGGGCGUGUAGCCAGUCGGGAGAGUCUGAUCUCUGGCGCUUGGGUGGUGAGCAGACGGUCGCUGAGCGGUGGUGAGGUGAAGGAGUUAUCAGCAGAUGUGCUGAGAGGCUGAGUUGUGAUAAGUGCGGUGAGAUACCGCUGAAUUGUGAGCUGUCGAAGUGAGCAACUGGAGAAAAGCUGUUGAGGUCUGCGCAGUGAAGUCUGAAUGCUGGAAGCCUGAUCGAAGACAGUAAUCUAGGCCAGGCUUAUCUCAGCCAGAGUUUUGACCUGGAAUAUCAGAGUGGAAUCUCAAUCUAGGACGUCACCUAGCCACCAAGUUCACCAAGAGUCAAUCACUUGACCGAGCCAGCAGCUCUCUAGGAUGGCCCGCUCAUGCAGCUCGGUCGACCACCCUGACCUGGACUCGGGUCUGGAGGAUGACCUGGUCUCCUCCGUGGGGGACGUCCGCUCCGUCUCUGACCUCGAGCUGGACAUGGCGCCGGUGACUCGGGCCCGACGAUCGCCUCCGGUGUCACCUCAUCUCAAGUCCUUCCUGCGCGCGAUGAGGACGCCGAAGCUGUGCCGGACUGCGGAGGGGGGAUAUGAGCUCGCUGAGGGUGGUGAAGGGAAGGCCGAAGAGCCGGAUCUCGAGUGGGAGUGGUGGGAGGGGCAGUGCAGCUUCCUGGGAGCGGGAGUGGGCGAGGGAGACGUCUUCUCGUGGCACCUGGAUACGAUGGAGAAGGUACACGUGCUGGAGCGACAAGUCACCGUACUGGCGGAAAACCAGAACAAUAACGAUGACCGCUACACGCGCAGCAAAGAGGAGAACGCCGCUCUGCAGGCGCGCCUCAUCAUGCUCGAGGAGCAGCUCCGUGAGGUGGAGCUGCGGUCGGCGGAGCAGCUGGAUGCGGAGAAAAGGAGACACAAGGAGCUAAUCCAGCGCCUGGAGCGGGAGAAGGCGCUGGAGCUGGAGAACCAAAGCAUCAGACUGCAGAGCCUGGAGAAGGAGGUCCGGUUCGCGGAGACAGAGGCGGCUCGCGCUCGCCAGCAGCUCGAGUCGGUGUGCGCAGAACGUGCCUCCCAGGAGGAGCGGCUGGCUCAGCUGACUGCCAGCCUGGAGACGGCGCGGCAGGAGAGCAGGAGCGCCGUGGAGCUGGAGCGGCGCGGCCGCGAGCAGCUGGAGCAGGAGCGGGCCGCUCAGUCUCAGAUGAUGUCUGAGCUGUCCAGUGAGCUGGCGGACACGCGCCAGCAGGCCAGUCUGCGUCUGAAGACCGAGUCGGACGAGGCAGGUCUGAUGAGGCUGAGGCAGACGGAGCUGGAGGCAGAGCUGAGGCAGCUCCGACAGCAGAACAGAGAGCUGCAGGAGAGUCACGACGAGCUGCAGGCGCAGCUGCUAUCCAGUGGACUCCAGGAAGGACGACAGCUGCUGGAGUCGGGACCCAAGAGUCUGGCGCUGGAGCUGGAGGACCUCUCAGGCGAACAGGUGGAUGCUGGUGAUGCGUUAGUUAAGCUGAAGAAGUCCCUUCUGGAGCAGCAAGAGGUCAACAAGCAGCUGCGAGCCUACAUCGACGGCAUCCUGCUCAACAUCGUCGAAAACCACCCACAGCUGCUGGAAGUCAAGCAGCACCCCUGAGCGAGCCUGUGAACGUUUGGACGCGCUGUGAACAUGUGUCGAACUGAACUGCCGCUCAGACAGUCCGGGCGAACUGCUGCGCGGACAAUCAGCUGUCUCUGAACUGCUGCGCGAAUAAUCAGCUGUUUCUUAACUGAAAAGUCAGCUACGCCGCUGAACUGAUGACAAAAAGUUCAGAAAAGAGAAAAGACUGAGUAGUAAGUGGUGAUACCGGUCAGUUCGACCGUGUGAGAUGAUGCUAUACCAAAUAUGUGGUGAUAUAACAGACACAUAUGACCCAGGAGUUAACCCGCGCCCUGCGGGGGGGGGGGUGUUUGAACACCCCCCCUUGUGGUUUUUCGCAAAUAUCUCAAAAACGGCGGCGUCCGCGCCGCCGUUUUUGGUACACCUUAUCAUACAUCAAUUCUACACAUGUUGUGAAAAUUUCAGACCAAGGUCAUUCAAGGUCAGGUCACCAGGUCACUUGAAGUGACCUCGCCUCAUAAAAAGUUUCAAUGUCUGUCAUAGCUACACCGAGUGACCGAUCGCUUUGAAACUUUCAGCGAUUGCUAAGAGCAAUAGCAUGUACAACAUGUAUAUCUCAGAAUUUUGAUAUCGAUGACCUAAGGUCAGGUCAAUUUUGCGACCUCCCCAUUAUAAGUCAAUGGGAGAAAAUUGAAAUGCGCCUCUUUUAAACAAAAGACAUUAUAAACACUCCCAAACACCGAAUUACAAGUGGUUUAGACACACUGAACAUGAAAUUGGUGUCCGUGACCCUUGUUUAUGCCCUGAGGUCAUCUUAGGUCACGAAUGGUAUCUAACAGUUUUUUUGCAAAUAACUUUUGAUAGAGGCAUGCUAGAGCGAUAAAAACGCCUUAGAUGUGUUCAGCUCGACGAUACGGAUCGACUGAUAUGCAACAUGACCCUUUCCGGUCAGGUCAUGACCUUGACCUGAGGUCAAAUUUUCAAGUUGACCUUUCAAGGUCAACUUACAGUUCAUUCGAUGCGUCUUGACGAGAGGAACACAAUGCCGGUAAAAGUAAGCUCGUACAAGGCUUGGGUCAAAAGUUAUUGCAGAAAAACUGUUUCCGAAAAAAUCGGCUAUUUUUGCAGUUUUUGCUCCCUGCAGGCAAAACCGUAGACGUUAGGUCAAAUCUGAGAGGAUUACCCAGAAAGGGCUUUAAUAGGGCUAUCGAAUGCGCUUUUCCGCGGCGCUGUAGCUCUAUUGGUUCCCGAGUUAUGCGUCGGCUUCUUGGAAAUUUUCGACAUUCGACCUGGAAAUCGGCGAAAUUUUGCCUUCAAUGACCUCUGGUGACCUGACCUUUGACCUGACCAAAAAAUUGACCGAAGUGAUUUCGUCAUUAUUUUUGACGCUCUUUCGAACGCCGCCUUCCGCGUAUCGCUACGUGGCCCAGGAGCCGAGUUACAAGGGGGGGGGGUGUUCAAACACCCCCCCCCCCCCAGCAGGGCGUGGAAAUCCAGGACCCCCAGCCGGGCGCGGGUUAAUGCGUUGUCUCCUCAGUGAGCAAAUCGUACACACAUGAUGGCUAAUUGAGGAGAGCACUAACUGACUGACUGUCAAAGUGAUGCUGUUCGUACGGGAUGAUGUGUCACCUACAUUAUGUGUCACCUGACUGAAUGUGUCAGCUGUCACCUGACCUAAUGUGUCACCUGUUACCUGACCUAAUAUGUCAACUCUUAGGUGUUGUCUCUUUAGCUUGCCACACGCCGGGUCUAGAUGACCUAUCUAAGGGCAGCCCAAAGUGUCGAUGAGGUGGCAGUCCCGUGGUCACAGGCCGGGAGAGACUCCGAGCAUGGGGACAUCAUGUCCGCAGCAGACACUCAACUCGAACAAGGCGUCGGACUCAUAAGUCAGCCUAUACCGAGAGGAGCUACAUGACACAUCUGACACUACUUUUCGUCAAAACACCGCCACCGAAUCAGACGAGCUAGUCCUCAGGACGAAGUGCUGCCAUCUGGCUCAGAGUCAGAUGGCAGUUGAGCUGAGUUGGUGCUCAAAACAUGGCGAGCAAAAUAGGAUCAGCAGAAACCGCCGUCCGUCCGCUGUCACAUCAGAUUGCUGAAGGAAGUUAGGCAGGCAGUGUGGUAUCCGCUGUAAAGACAAAGUUUUACCCCCCCCCCCCUUUUUAAGGGUGCCUAGGUCAUUGGGCCAUGUAAGCAAGUGCUGUCGUGCUGAUAGUUCAGCCAAUGAAAGAGGCCGGAUGCUAACUUACGAUGCUGUGUACCGGUAUUUUCUGCAGGUGGUAACAGCAGUGAGGGAUCAGCAGUCCGCUCCAUCAAUGAAUAACUGCUUAGGUAUACCUGUACUGUAUGCAGUGGUGCGAAUGGGAAUGUGUGAAAUGAAUAUGUACUACGAUACAAUGUUACGCAGGAAAUAUUCAAUGUUGAAUGAAUGCAUCGUAUCUUGUGCAUCGACAAGAUGUUGGCACAUGUAAUUAGGUAUCUAAUGAUCUAUAUGUUUUGUGGACUUGAUUUCCUUCUGUCCAGUGCAUGUACGGUGUCGUUGUGUUUCUUUACAUUUUCCGUCUGGCUGGUGAGAAGGUGUGGUCAAAAAAGAUCACCAAAGUCAAAAGUGAACAAUGUGCUUAUAGGAGAGGCGUUGUGAAUGAUUAUGUAAGCUGCCUGGUUUAGCAUUGUGUAGUACAAGAGUGAAACGGAAAGUCGAUUGGUGCUAUCGUAAUGGAACAUGCAAAUAAUAAAAACAAAGACUUUG